UAUAUGGGGGGAAGUGAAGUGUUAUGUCACUGAUGAUCCAUUAUUGACAUAGUCCUUUUAUUGCACAUUGUUAAUGAUUUGCGGUGAAAAGCGUAUAUGUGAAAUUCGAUACUGUUCAACAGGAAUAAUAUCAACGACUUGCACAUUUUCGUACACUAUUUCACACACUUUUUUGCUUAAAAAAGUCUACUAACACACAGACCUGCAAGGAAAAUAUUUACGUCGCAUUGACAACUGACAAUUGACAUACAUGGUCGCCAAAAUUCACAAAUUAAAAACACUAGAAUUGGGCCGCAAAUUGGUUCUUUAAAUACGCUCUCAAUUAAUUUAUCUCAAGUAUUUGUUUAAGAAUUACCACAGCUGUUAUAGUUAAGGAUGUGAGAUAAGAUAAYCAUUCUGAUUAAAGACCUACAUACACCUUGCACAGUGACAUUAGUUUGACAGUUGUCCCCAAUAGCACGAAACACGUCAGAUAUAAACCGGACAAUAAAAACCGGCAAAUCAUCACACUUAUCUUAUCAAAUUUCCUAAUGUAAAACACAGGAACACCAAUGCCUCCAAAAGUGACUACCAAUCUGUUGAAACAACUGCGAGGGUUAAUGCAAAACCCCCAGUAUGUCACUGAGACAAUCAACGCGUAUAUCAUCCCUUCAAACGAUGCCCACAACAGUGAAUACUUGGCCGAUUGUGACAUGUAUAGGGGCUUCAUUUCCGGCUUUACUGGUUCGGCUGGAACAGCUAUAGUAACAGAAAAAGAGGCUCUUUUGUGGACCGACGGCCGAUAUUUCCUCCAAGCGUCACAACAGUUGGAUUCCAAUUGGACUCUAAUGAAAGAAGGGAUUCCAUCAACCCCCAGUCAAAGUGACUGGUUGUGCAAGAAUUUACCCUCAGGAUCACGUGUAGGGGUCGACCCCAAACUCUACACGCAUCACAUAUGGAUGCCUUUGCAAUCACGUCUAGCUCAAGCCGGUCAUAAACUGGUCCCAGUUAACAAGAAUUUAGUCGAUGUUUUAUGGGGCGACAGGCCUUCAAGGCCCACAAAUCCAGUCCGCCCGUUAGGUUUGGAAUUUGCCGGGAAGACAGUUGGGGAGAAAUUGGGUAAAGUCAGGGGGGACAUGGAAAGAGAAAAGGUGGAUUUUUUAGUUUUGACGGCUCUAGAUGAAAUCGCCUGGUUGCUCAAUUUGCGGGGCUCAGAUAUUGAAUAUAAUCCCGUUUUUUUCUCUUAUGUGGUUGUUCAUAAAGACAAGUUUACGGUAUUUUUAGACCCUAAGCAAACAACAGAUGAAAUUAAGCAACAUUUGACGAAAGAAGCAGGAAAUAAUUACGAAAUCAAGCCGUACGCUGAGAUUGUGAAUUAUUUGAAACAAAACAGCACGAAAAUCGAGGGUUUUGUGUGGUUUUCCGAGAAUGCGAGUUACGCACUUACGAGUCUUAUUCCUUCCAAGUCGCUCCUGACUGAGAUAACCCCAAUCCCCUUGCUGAAAGCUGUGAAAAAUCCCACCGAAAUCAAAGGUAUGCGAAACGCACAUUUGAAAGAUGGAGCAGCCUUAUGUUGCUAUUUCUCUUGGUUGGAGAAAAACGUGAAAAAUGGGGGAAUCACGGAAGUGUCGGGGGCGAAAAAAUUAGAUGAAUUUCGGGCCCAACAGGCCGAUUUUGUCGGCCCAAGUUUUGCGACUAUAAGUUCCGUAGGCCCCCAUGGAGCUAUUAUUCAUUAUCAUCCAGAGUCCGAAACCGAUGUUCCUAUAACCAUCGAUACGUUGUAUUUGUGCGACUCUGGAGGCCAGUACAAAGAUGGCACCACUGAUGUGACCCGGACUUUUCAUUUCGGGACUCCCACUGAAUACGAGAAGGAGUGUUUCACGAGGGUUUUGAAAGGUCAAAUUAAGUUGGCGACUUCGAUUUUCCCGUCGAAGAUAAAGGGGAAUUACCUAGAUUCGUUCGCGAGGGAGUUCCUGUGGGAGGUAGGACUAGAUUAUGCCCACGGAACCGGGCAUGGGAUCGGUUCAUAUCUGAAUGUCCAUGAAGGACCGAUGGGGAUUUCCUGGCGGCUAAUCGCUGAUGAUCCCGGGUUGGAAUCGGGGAUGUUUCUGUCAAACGAGCCUGGGUACUACGAGGAUGGGAAAUUCGGGAUUAGAUUGGAGGAUAUCGUACAGAUCGUCCCCGCGAAUCCUCCACACAAUUUCAAUGAUCGAGGAUUUUUGACCUUUGAGACGAUUACGUUCUGCCCGAAACAAACAAAAUUGAUUUUGGUUGAUUUGUUGACUGAUAAGGAGUUAGCAUAUUUGAAUGCAUAUCACCAGCAGUGUAGAGAUAUGUUGGGGCCAAUUUUGGAGAAGCAGGGACAGGUGGAGGCAAAGGAUUGGUUGUGGAAGGAGACGGAACCCCUGAAGAGGAAUUAGGACCAAACAGUAUGUUGCUUGCCAUAUUUUAUGGUUUAUUAUUGGAAAAUAUAACAGUAUAAUAUUGUAUACAAUAAAAUGUGUUUAUAAUUA